AUGGCCAAGUCAAAGCCCGUUCAUGUGCAUGUCAUAGGCGCUGUAUUGGGUUACUCAACUGAGUUGGCUUGCUCAGUGAAGGCAGCUGAAGCUCUGAUUGGUUGUCCAGAGGUCAUUGAAGGGUCUUACGAGAAGGGCUCCACCUAUUGGUGUAUCUUCUGUUCCUGUGACGUUCCCCGGCAUGCCCAGGAUGGACUUGUUACACUCAAAUUGGCAAUGUUUAUUGAACACUUGUGCAGUGCCUCCCACAAACAAGCCUCCAUCAAGUACUACCGCACACACAAUGGUGAUUCUGAGAAGAUGAAACAGCGCCUGGUCUUCUCCGACGAGGACUACAGCACAUUCAAGACCAACCUAACUCAAGCCCUGGACCAGUUUGAAAACAAGGCUCAUGCAGAUCUACAAGAGAGUGCAGCCAAGAUCCGAAGACUACAGAAAGAACAUUUACAGCAUGCCCUAGACACACCACCACAGCCUGAUCUUUCCCAGUCAAAGUCACCACAGGGUCAUUCAACAGAUGGGAGUUCAGAUAUGCAAGCAAGAGCUUCUGAUCAGCAGCGGCAGCAGAGCCUCAGAGGGGUGCAGGUCUUAGGGAGAGUUCGAACCAUAGGAGUCAUAUCAUCUGGCGGACUCACAUCCAUUGCUACAAAUACUAAGCAGGCUUCCAUUGAAGGCAACAUUCACACCGGUGCCCCACCCCCAUGGCUAACAGCAGACUCUGAUGAAACAGGGACAUCAAGUGUGAUUGGACCGGUAGAAGAUGACUUCAUCAAACAUUUGGCGAGAGAGAAGAAGAAAAAGCUGAAUCCAAACAGAGUCGGAGCCAAGUUUGAUCAUGUGACUCCGACCAACGAAGAAUGGCUGCCUUCAUUCGGCAGGGUGUGGAACUCGGGAAGGAGGUGGCAGUCAAGACACCAGUACAGGAAAGAGAAGAAAGAGGACGGAAGACAGAAGAGGAAAGCACCUCAUACGGAAAGCAAGCCACCUUGA